GGGCCCGCGUGCGGGACUGGAAGGGGCCGCCGCGGCGCGGGGAGCGGGCUGCAGGUGCAGCGAGGUGGAGCCGCGGCGCGGAGAAGGGCUGCCCUUCUCUGCCUUUCUGCGCCCUUCUCGUCUCGCCGGGCGGCGAAUGGUUUCUCCGUUAAGGCACUGAAGGCGGGAUGAGGGGUACCCGGCUGUCGCUCUGCGCCCCGCCAUUCUGCUUCCGGCCGUUCCUCAGGCCACCCCGAUCCCUUGUCCUCACUAGCUCGUCCUUAAAAGAUACAGGACCUCGUGGGACAGCCAUAGGCCGCGGGCGCGGGAGUGCGAGCCACGCUGCCGCAGCGUAGACUGGCUCUGCUGGGAGCACGUGGCUACUCCGGGAAGUUUCCCCAAAGAACUGCUGUCGGGGUGCGCGGGUGACCUUGAGCUUGUAGCCCUACGCUCUCUCGGCGCCUACCCUGAUCGUGGUCUCACUGCUCAAAGUGACAGAGCUGUCCUCCACUCGGUUACGAGUGUGCCCUGGGAAUUUGAUGUGAGCUUCUGUAAGCCGUGCGUUUGAACUCCGGCACAACCUGAUCUUUCAGCGAUGCCGUUGGCUUUGUGUGUGGGUUCUCAGUUUUCCCUAGGCAGAAGCUGUUUGAAUGCCGCAGGUGCUGACUCGAAGAAUAUUCUGAUUGCUCUCCUUGUUAUAAGAUGGGAGAUUCAGAAAUAAGACUUCUACUUUGUGAAAGCUAUGGUCUAGAGGCCAAGUGAAAGCUGUUUAGAUUAGAAUUGGCUUUCCCUUUCAGGAAAUUAGCAGUAUGGUUAAAGGGCUUGCUAUAUUGACAAAUGUCUUAGACGCCCAUUGUGUUACUUUCUAGUGGAUAGCUUUCUAAUGUAGUGGGUAGGGUGAGUAAGAAAAUAUUUUGUGACUUGACUUUUUUCGGUUAACGUUUUUUCCUCUGUUUGUAGCGACCUUGGGUAAAGCAGGGAACUUAAUUGUUUCUGCUUUCUCCCUUUUUUGGGGGGUGGGGUGAGAGGAUUGAAGUAGGAAGUAGUUGUCCUCUUACAAAAGUACAUGGAUAUCUGAUAUCUUUAUUCCAGGCUUAGAUAGGAGUUGGAAUACUAGAUGCUGAUUCAGUUGCCUCUGAGCUAGGGAGUUUGACCUUACUGACAAAGACGUUUAAGGUGAUUUCCAGAAGUUGUUGUCUACUGCAAAAUUCAAGUUUAGUCUAUUUAAAGUACUUCUUGGCUCUUCUUUUUUCUGUUUUGGAUUAUCAUAAAUUUAGUAUACUUCACAAGAUCUAGAACUUAAAACGUUUUGUCAUCAAUAUGAAAUAUUUUCCAAAAAUCGACUUACAGCAUAGCACCUUUUAACUUUUCUUUGAUAGAAUAUGGAAUGUUUUUGUGAAGUAAUGGUUGUGAACUUAGCCUGUACUGAAGAUUGUUGGGUAGAGACAACAACUCCGCUAACCCUGCCCUAGGUUGUGGCAGUUAUUUGCCUCUGAUAACGUACUUAACUAUAGGGGAGCAAGGUGCCCGGCGAAACUUGAAUCAGACAACAACAAAAGCUAGUUAAAAAUGAUCCUCUGAGGCCUUUUGGAACCCUUCUCUGGAUGUGCCAUUUGUCUGCUGUCUCAGAUGAGCACUGUACAGGUAGACUGAAUUGGACAAUCUUUUUACAGAAAGCUGAAUAGAAAUGAAGAUUCUCCUUGUUUUCCUCCAUGGGGUUUCAUUUUAGACCCUUAAAGCUAGGAAAGAGCUUGACCAUCCUGGGUAGACACAAUUAUAUGUGUCUUGGGGGCCCUGAAGAAGUUUUGUAGGUUCAUGUCAUCUUUUCAUUUCUCCUGCAAAUGCAUAGGGAAACAAUUUGCAAAACAGGUAUCCAUAACCAAUUGCUUAAGAUCUUGGAGCUCCACCAGGUUCUUUUGUGUGGCAGCUCAGAAUGAUGGAUCAAGCCAGAUCAGCAUUCUCUACCUUGUUUGGUGGAGAACCAUUGUCCUAUACCCGGUUUAGUCUGGCUCGGCAAGUAGAUGGUGACAACAGUCAUGUGGAGAUGAAACUAGCUGCAGAUGAAGAAGAAAAUGUUGACAAUAACAUGAGGGAUAAUGGUGCCAGUGUCACAAAACCAAAAAGGUUUAAUGGAUUUAUCUGCUAUGGGACUAUCGCUAUAAUCCUCUUUUUCUUGAUUGGAUUUAUGAUUGGCUACUUGGGCUAUUGUAAACGUGUAGAAGCAAAGUCUGAAUGUGAGAGACCAGCAGGAACAGAGUCUCUGGAGGUAGAGGGAACCGAACCUUCAGAAACAGAAGAGUACUUUCCUGAAGCACCUUCUCACUUAUUUUGGUCGGACCUCAAAACAAUGCUGUCAGAGAAACUGAGUAACACAGAGUUCACCAGCACCAUCAGGCAGCUGAAUGAAAAUUCAUAUUUCCCUCGUGAGGCUGGAUCUCAAAAAGAUGAAAGCCUUGCCUUUUUCAUUGAGAACCGAUUCCGUGAGCUUCAACUUAGCAAAGCCUGGCAUGAUGAACAUUUUGUUAAGGUUCAGGUCAAAGGCAGUGCUUCAAACUCAGUGACCAUAGUGGGCUCGAACAGUGGCAUGGUAUACCUGGUGGAGAGUCCAGAGGGCUAUGUGGCAUACAGUAAAGCAGCGACAGUUACUGGUAGACUGGUCCAUGCUAAUUUUGGCACUAAAAAAGACUUUGAGAAUUUAAACUCUCCUGUGAAUGGAUCUUUAGUGAUUGUUAGAGCAGGGAAAAUCACUUUUGCUGAAAAGGUUGCAAAUGCUGAAAGCUUCAAUGCAAUUGGUGUCUUGAUAUACAUGGACCAGGCUAAAUUUCCCAUUACUAAUGCAGAGAUUCCAUUCUUUGGACAUGCCCAUCUGGGAACAGGUGACCCAUAUACACCUGGAUUCCCUUCUUUCAAUCAUACUCAAUUUCCACCAUCGCAGUCAUCAGGAUUGCCGAAUAUACCUGUCCAAACAAUCUCCAGAGCCAAUGCAGAAAAGUUGUUUGGAAAUAUGGAAGGAGACUGUCCUUCUGCUUGGGAAACAGACUCCUCCUGUAGGCUGGAAACCUCACGGAACUGGAAUGUGAAGCUCAGUGUGAACAACGUGCUGAAAGAGAUAAGAAUUUUUAACGUGUUUGGAGUUAUUAAAGGUUUUGAAGAACCUGAUCGCUAUGUUGUAGUAGGGGCUCAGAGGGAUGCCUGGGGUCCUGGAGCUGCAAAGUCUAGCGUAGGAACAGCUCUCCUCUUGGAACUUGCACGGAUACUCUCUGAUAUGGUCUUAAAAGGUGGCUUUAAACCCAGCAGAAGCAUUGUCUUUGCCAGCUGGAGUGCUGGAGACUUCGGAGCUGUUGGUGCCACUGAAUGGCUAGAGGGAUACCUUUCCUCCUUGCAUUUAAAGGCUUUCACUUACAUUAAUCUGGACAAAGCUGUUCUUGGUACCAGCAACUUCAAGGUUUCUGCCAGUCCACUGUUGUAUUCGCUUAUUGAGAAGGUGAUGAAAGAUGUGAAACACCCAGUUACUGGGCAGUCUCUUUAUCGGGACAGCAAUUGGAUCAACAAAGUUGAGAAAUUUUCUUUGGAUAAUGCUGCUUUCCCUUUCCUUGCGUAUUCUGGAAUCCCAGCAGUUUCUUUCUGUUUUUGUGAGGACACAGAUUAUCCUUAUUUGGGUACUACCAUGGAUGUCUAUGAGAAACUCAUUCAGAAAGUUCCUCAGUUGAACAAAAUGGCACGUGCAGCAGCAGAAGUAGCUGGUCAGCUUAUAAUGAAACUUACCUAUGAUCUUGAAUUGAACCUGAACUAUGAGAUGUAUAAUGACAAAAUACUUUCAUUUGUGAGGGAUGUGAGCCGAUUCAGAGCAGACAUAAAAGAGAUGGGUCUGAAUCUACAGUGGCUGUAUUCUGCUCGUGGAGACUUUUUCCGUGCCACCUCCAGACUGACAACAGAUUAUAGGAAUGCUGAGAGAACGAACAGAUUUAUCAUGAGGGACAUCAAUGACCGUAUCAUGAGAGUGGAAUAUCACUUCCUCUCACCCUAUGUAUCUCCGAGAGAGUCUCCUUUCCGACAUAUCUUUUGGGGCACUGGCUCUCACACUCUGUCAGCAUUACUAGAGCAUCUGAAGCUGCGCCAGGAAAACAUCAGUGCUUUUAAUGAAACACUGUUUAGAAACCAGUUGGCUCUAACAACUUGGACUAUUCAGGGGGCUGCAAAUGCCCUCUCUGGUGACAUUUGGGACAUUGACAAUGAGCUUUAAAUGUGGUACCCAUAACUUAUAUGAGAACAGCAGGGUAGUGUGAUUUUUAGACUUGUGCUGGUUGUGCUAAAUUUUUAGUAGGGCUACAAAACCUAAUAUUGUUAAAAUUCUACCCGACCAUCUUGGUACCACUAGAUUUCUUUAGGCAGCAGCUUUUAAUACAGGGUAGGUACCUGCACUUCAAGUUAAAGUGAAUAACCACUUAAAAAUGUUCAUGAUAGAAUCUUUUCUCUGAUUAUCUCUAAAAUUUUAAAUGCGUUGUAUGGUAACUGCUUCUUUCUUGUUAGAGUUAUGACAAAGUCAGAACCAGUUACGUAAACUAUUGCUCUAAAUCCUAAGGACAUGAACUGGUAUCUUCUAAGUGGGAGGAGGGAGGUGGUGUCUCCUGGAGGCUGGAAGUGGUAGCUUAGUGGGAUCCUCCACCUGCACUUGAUGCUGGAUAGGAGAUACCAGGUUGUAAGACUUUAUUCUCCAAAUGAGAUCUAUGCCUUCCGUAAGGAUUUAGCUGGUUUCCACAUCCCUGAGUGAAACAGUUAACUUUCAGAAGAGAUGGGACUUGUUUUCUUGCCAGUGAGGUGUGAAACAGAGGUCCUUCCGCUGGAUAAAGUGAGGUUCAACUGUUUAUCACAGGAGUAAGGCCUUAAUGUGUUAACCUCAAGAUUAUUUAUGAAAAGAGGAGACCAGAAGCCAAAGACCUAGAUUUUCUUUUCCUCUGCCCCUGCCCCACAAGCCUUUGUAUUAGUUUUUUGUCGUCUUUGUGUUUCCCAAAGUAUUUUGAAAGAAAACCAGCUUUAGGUGUUUAAUUUCAAACUCAGUUUGUCAGACUUUAAAGAACACGCUGCCAAAUUUUGGCCAAAGUGUUAAUUUUUUGGAAAAGCUUUCUAUCAUUUUGGCACUGAGAUAUUUAUUGUUUAUUUAUCAGUGACAGAGUUCACUAUAAAUGGUGUUUUUUUUAUAGAAGAUAAUUAUCGGAAGCAGUGCCUUCCAUAAUUAUGACAGUUAUACUGUCGUUUUUUUUUAAUAAAAGCAGCAUCUGCUAAUAAAACCCAACAGAUACUGGAAGUUUUGCAUUUAUGGUCAACACUUGAGGGUUUUAAAAAACGGCCACACGCCAAAUAAAAUUAUAAAGCUAAAUAUUGGUGAAGAAUUCAAUUGAAUUAGGAGUUGCUAAUCAAGUUAGAAUUUUAGUCAACCAGAUAAAAAUGGCAGUUCUUAAAGGGAAGGAAUUGUGACCAAGUUAUACAUUAAUGUCACUUAAAGGCUGUGAUACUCAUACAUGUGAAAUUUUACGGCUCAAUUUAUCCAAGGUGUAACUUUAAUUCGAAUUUUGCAAAAUUUCCAGUACCUUUGUCACAAACCUAACUCACAUUAUCGGGAGCAGUGUCUUCCAUAAUGUAUAAAGAACAAGGUAGUUUUUGCCUACCACAGUGUCUAUAUCGGAGACAGUGAUCUCCAUAUGUUACACUAAGGGUGUACGUAAUUAUCGGGAACAGUGUUUCCCAUAAUUUUCUUCAUGCAAUGACAUCUUCAAAGCUUGAAGAUCGUUAGUAUCUAACAUGUAUUCCCAGCUCCCUAUAAUUCUCUUUUAGUUUUAGUUGCAGAAACAUUUUAUGGUCAUUAAACAUUUGGUGGGUGAAUUCAACCACUAUAAAAUAAAAUUACUUCAUUCAAGAGUCUUUGUUUUUAAACCUAAUGUAGUGUUUUAUUAUAUUUGUGGUUUCUCCAGGUCUUCUGUUUAGUGGGAUGGUAGUCCACAUUUACAAUGUUUGCUGUUGACAAAUGAAUUUAACUUUAUCCCCUUAUUUGCAUGUCAUCUCCUGGAAACUUAGUUCACACAAGUUUAUAUCCAGAAUUGAUCUUUUAGCUUAAAUCAGGGGAAACUUGUAUAGGAGACUCAGGGGGCUGGGGGAGUGAAAUGCGUAGGGAAGCAAAGCUUGCAAAAGGAUCCUUGAUCAUGUCUCCCUACCCGUUAGUAUAUGGUGGUUUUAAGUUAAACAGAGAUGUGAACAAAUAAGUUUGAAGCUACAUGAGUAAAGACUUUAUUUUCUAGUCCACCAUCAUUAUAAACCUGAUAAUCAGUUGUUUGUUAUAGGGCAGUUCACCCUAAGAAACUGCCACCUAAGAAAAAGUCCAUAGACUUAACGUCCCUUACCGAAGUUAACAUAGGUCUAGAUUAUUACAGCCUCACUGAAUUGUUUCACUGCUCAUGGUCUGUUUAGUCUUCACGGUGUUUUAUCUUGAACUGGUGUUUAGUGUAGCUAAGUGGAAAGGUCAUAGCUGGGAUUCCUGGUUUGGGUAUCAUGCUUUACCACACUUUAAUGAAAGCUUAGUAACUUCAAGACAUCCUAUGAAUAUGGGCAUACAUUUUACAGCAGUAGAUCUCUUCAAAUACCUCUUUUCUGUAGUGAGGAUUGAGUUAUUUCUAAUCAAAAAAGCCAGUAAGUGGUAAGAGGCGUAAUAUUUCUGAAUGAAAUGUGUAUCUGACUAGUGACAACCUGCUGGACUUCAGAUUUUGUCUGGUUAUAGAUAUCAGGUGCAUUUUGAAGGUAAAGGAUAAAUGAGCUCUAUCAUGAUUCACUAUUCUAGAACUUGCAUGACCUUUACUGUGUUUCCUCUUUGAAUGUUCUUGAAAUUUUAGUUGGCUAAACAUGGCUUAUUAGACUUGCCAACCUACUGCUCAUCGAUAUCUUUGUAAACAAAUGAUAUGCCCUUAUAAUUGUGUCCAAACUGGUAUGUGCAACAGUGUGGAAAUUCCUUAUCUGAUUUAAUAAAAUGCUUGAACACGGA